CCAGAAGGUGAGGGAAGCGGCAGGGAAGGUGCGAAGCCCAGCGGCUGGAGGGGCGGGGGGGCUGCUCGGGAGGAUGGAGGGGGAUCCGAGGAGAGGAAUCGAGGCGAGACCACGGUGCGGCGAACGAGUCCCGCGGCCGCCCGGCUCCCCUCUCCACCUCGUCCAACCCCGCAGCGGCGCUUCCGGAGGGAGGAUGCUCGUGCGCCGUCCCGGGAAAGAGUUAACGCUCGAUUGGAGUCGGCACUUCCACAUACCACAGGGUCGUCCAAGAAAACCCAGAGAGACCUGGCGGCUGUCGGAGAAGGGGGAGCGGCGCGGCAGGCGGAGCGCCCCGCAGCCCGCCCGAAACUUGGCCGAAGUUUGUCCGGCCGGCGGGAACCGGGAAGAGACCGCCCGGCGAGUAUGUGCGAGCGGCGGGCGGAGCGGGGCGGCUGCGAGCGGGGCAGCCCGCGGCCCCGGGGCGCCUGAGCCGGCCCCGCACCGCCCCCCCAGCCCCGAGCUCCGCGAUGGCUCCGGGUGGGCUCUGACCGCCGCCCCGCCCGGGGCUCGCCGCACCGGGGACCCGCAGCCGCGCGAGGAGCCGCGCCGCUCACCCACCCCCUCGACGUCGAGGCUUUUUCCCUGCCGCUCCGCAGCCCGGGGAAGAUCGGCGGAGCGGGGAGCAGCGCCCUGA